AUGGAAAACAAUGACCGGCGGCAAAGGCAGAACACGGCACCCGGCUACGCGGGCCAGCAAGGGCUCUACAAUCCAGCAGCGCACACGAGCAGGACGGGUUCCCUUACGGGACAGUCGCCCACGUCGGCGCCCGCGUCAGGCAACGCCCGCUCUGCCUACGCCUAUCCCACCUACGGCGACAGCAGCGCGCAGUUCGUGGGCAUCCAGUCCGCAUAUACAGGCGACUACCCGUCGUCCGAGCAGCAGCAGCAGCACACGCGACCCUCGGGGCAGUACCCGCAGUACGGACAGGGCCUGAUGUACAACCCUGGGGCGGCAGGCGCUGCAACUCCCGCCUCCCCGUACGAUGCCUCUAUAGCACCGUAUGCAGGCCAGCCGCGACACCAGAGCGCGGCGAUCGAGGUGCUGUCGUCCCAGUUCGGGGUGCCACAACAAUACUACAACGUCGCAGGCGACGCGGCGGCCGGCACGCAAAGCGCUGGUGCAGGCGGGCCGACUAGCGCGCCAGGACUCGCCCACAACGUCACGUCCUACGCGCAGAUGGGCUAUACAACACAACAGAGCCCGCGCGAGCAGCAACUGCAACAGCCCUCCUACGCCGCCGGCAUGACGGACCCCAGCCAGGGCGCCAGCAGUGCUUCCUUUGGGUAUGCGCAGGCUGGCGGCAGCAUUCAAGGCUCCGAGUUCGACACGGCUUACAACCAGUACCAGACGGAGCUGAAGCGCACCUUCCAGCAUGUACGAGACGGCCGGCUGGGGGAGGCGGCGACGCUGCUGAUGAACAUCUCGAAUUGGCUGCUGGGAAAUGCGGAGGCGCUUGGUCUAGUUCGCGAUGAUGAGGCCAUGCACGCAGAGCGCCUGAAGCUCUGGGACGAGUUCAACACUUGCUGGCUGACGACGCUGCAGCAGCAGAAGAACAUGCUGGAGACGGGCCAGCGCCCGCAGCCACCGCAGAGCAUCAUCGAGUACGACAGUCUCGAGGAGAUGGGCAAGCAGCUGGUGCACCUCUGCGACAACAUGGAGAAGCACGGGCUGGUGGAUUACCAGAUGGGCGUGUGGGAGGAAGAGAUCAUAAACAUGCUCACAACAUGUCUCGAUAUGCUAGAAAACAUGUCCGGCUCAGCCGGACCGACACAGCGCACUCUCUCUGCCUCAGCGCGGAGACGAUAA